CUUUCCUUCUGGAAACGUCAGCUUGCGUGAGGCGUGUUACUCGACAAGGACAUUGGGAGAGAAUGACAUUUGUAUAACUUGUGGUGCUUUCUUAUUUUAUCAAGUAAACACGAUAUAUCAGAUAUAGAUUACAUCGGGAAGCAGUAUCCUUGUGAAUCUGUAACGGCGCCAUUGCAUCGUCUUUAUUCCAUCGACUAUAUUGCCUCUGACAGAACACUUUGGAGUACAACCUGAAUAAGGGGUCCACGGGAGACGUAAGAAGAAAACAGGCAGGUCCAUCUUCACCAUCUUGACGUUGCAGUGGGAUGGUGAACUGGUGACUGGGGUUGUCCGUGUCCCAGGACGUGAAUGGCUGUGUGCAGAGGGCGCAUUUCCUUCUGGGUGGGAUAUGUCAGGAGCCAUGGCAGCAGGCAGCCAAUCAAGCAGCAGGGCUGGGGUCUUGCACAGAUGCUUGAUUCACAGUGGAUUGGACAAAGCCGACAUAUGAGCAGUGCAUCCUGGGCCCUGCUGCCUCCCAACAGUCUGAGGUACCAGAACGUGAAGCAGCCAGCCCUCUCACACCCCUUCCACCAUUCAAGCCAGCCCCAGAGGACAAAUGGCCUGGAGGAAGAGUGGGAAGACUCUGUCAGUGUCUGUGUACUGGUGGGACCAGGGGAGUACGACGGCCAGCACACUCUGGUGGAAGUCCCCCUGUUUGGGCAGAUGAAAAUAGGAGAGCUCCUGGCUUCCGGGCCCAAUAGGCCCAUGGAGUUUCUCUUCCUGACCACUGUGGACGGUAGCAGGGAAGAUGACAUAAGUGUCGGAAAGAAAGUGGAAGGUUCCGGAACGGUUGAUGGAGAUAUGGAAAAGAGGGAGAGGGGGUCUUUCAGAAGCCUGUUUGAAGCUGAGGGGUGUCCAGCUCCGUUCAUGUACGGCUCGCGUUUCUAUUGUUUCCACUGCCCCGAUAUGGAGCCUUUGCCUGGCUUUGGGGACCAGUCAGAACGUGGGAUUGGAUUUGACAGUGGUUCUCGGGAGCUUGCUUUGUUGCUGCCUCCCUCGCUGUGUAGCCACGCUGAGAGGGAGCAUAUGGAGAACUACAGUGAACGUGACAGCGAAGGAGAAGAGAAGUUGUCCCUGAUGUAUGAAAAGCUGAGGAUAGAGCUUCCUAGUUUCUUUAUAAAGAGUCACGACUACAGCAUGUACUCCAUCGACAUGGAGUUCAUCAACGGCCUCCUUAAUGCCAGGACCAGAGGUCGCAUGGUGUACCAGCUGAGCCUGUCGCUGUGGCGGCUGCUGUGUCUGUGUUACUACGCUGAGGCCCGGCUGGAGGUCCUGAAGCUGACCAAGCACGCGGAGGACAGGACCAUCCGGGCCCGCUGGAGGGUCAGGGGCCUGCCCUUCUACUCUCUACUGCUGCGCUUCUACAGGAAGGACAAGUCCCACCUCUACAGGUCCUACGAUGCGUUCUCCACCUUUUACGUCGGCCACGACGGACUCAUACGCUGUCACAAAGUCGAGAAGGUGAUGCAAGCCCAGCCCCCGAUCCUGCCCAGGGUGGGCUCACUGCUGGCAGGGGCUCUGGUGGCGCUGGGAGUGGAGGAACACCGGCCUGCCCUCAACCUGCUGCCCCUCCUGCUGUCCUCACUUCGACAGGGGAGAGACUGAGAAAUGAGGGGGAGGGGUGCCACUUCAUAGGCACUUUUUUUCUGUCAAGAAGAGAGAGAGAGAGAAUGGAGAAGCACAAAAAGAGAAGGAUCUUUGCAAUGUUGGUGGCAGGAACAACAGAUAAAGAAUGUUGUAAAAGAAACAUGCAUCCGAGAUCACUUGAACCGUUUUCAACUCAUUUAUGCUGACUUUGAAAAUAAAUGUAAACCAUUCCACAUUUUCUCCAAAACCAUCCAAGUAGCACACUGUAAGCCCCAUAGAAAAAAUGCAGGACACAGUGUUUAAUAUCCAAUCAAGUCCUUAUAAACGCACAAAGUAUCCAUUGCUAGUUGCUUGUUAUGUUGAACCAUGUCAUCUUAGGCUUACCUUACCUCAUACAUGGUCACAUAUUGAUGACCAUUAUACAUUAUUCAUUAUACAGACAAUAUACAUUCAUUCUUCAUUGUAUAUUGCCCAAAGCCUGUUCAUACGUGGUUAAAAUAUACAAAUGUAUAUAAAGUUGAAUUCACGUAAUUCUAAUUUAAAUAGGUUCAGUUCAAGCUUUAUGGAUACAUAGCAUUGUUACUUUCCACAGAGAACAGUUGUAUAUUUGGACACCGGCAUGCCACCUGAAAGAAAAUAGUUUCAUUUGAUGAUUGCGGCUCUCCCCAUUCUACAGUACCAGUCCUGGAGAGUCCAGUGAUGACGUGGCAGUAGACAGGACUCUGGGCCCUCCCUCUUUCCAUGCCAGUUCAGAGGGGCAAAGCAGAUCCACCAGGCUGAUUAAAAUGCCAUAGGAAUGCCAGCAAGGAUGCAUGAUGUGUGACUCUCGGCUCCCCGUGAAGACUUACUAAGACCCUUCUUGUUGUGUUGGUAACCUCAUGUCACAUUGCUGACAAGCACCUUAUGUAUACAAUACCAGGUUACCUGUGUGAAGACUUGUGUUAGCAGUGUGUGCCAGACACCAGUCGUAGGAUUUACAGAUGGUUCACAUGGCUUAUGGCUAGCCUUACUUGGUGUCAGAGCUGAUGCAAGACAAAGUUAACCCCAGUCAGUAACUCUUGAAAGGAGUUUGCCUACUUUGAACUGACUUACAAUGGACGUAAGGUCAUGUUACGCAAGCAUAUGUAGAAUAUGCUGAUUUGAGUACGUGUAAUCGGAAGGAUUGAGUUUGCCUUUGCAUCAGUGCUGUUAACCCAGUGUUGUCACAUAUAAUCUUAGAAACAUGCUAUGUGCUUUAUCAAAUUGGGCAAUCAAAGCAUGUCAAAUGUUUAGAUCUAGCACUGCUAAUAUUCUAUGGUGUCAAUCUGUAAAAUUGUAACAUGACUGAAUCAUUGUCUGGUACUGUGUUGCUAUCUAUAGAUUUUGCUCUGGAAUAAAUCCAAACGUGUGAAAUCUGGUUGUGUGAAUCAAAUAAAGUAGAGAAUGCAAUG